AUGCCUACUCCAAUUGUCGACUCUCACAUACAUCUAUUCCCGGAGUCGCAUCUCCCAACUCUGGCAUGGUAUGGUCCCAACAACCCACUUGGAUCGCAGCACUCGGUCGACGAAUAUCAUGCAGCAACAGCAGUAGUACCUACAUCCCCGAACGCAGCCCAAGACACUUACCUGCGCGGCUUCAUUUUUCUCGAGACGGACCGCAUCUCAUCGGUCGAAGAAUCGGGCGCUGGCUGGUCGCACGCUCUGGAUGAAGUGUCUCUGCUGACUCGCGUUGCUUUGGGAAAGCCAAUCGCGGGUGAGGGACAUAGAGAUGUCGAUAGACAUCUAUGCUUAGGGAUUGUUCCCUGGGCUCCCGUACCUGGGGGCCCCGCCGCGCUCGAAAAGUAUCUUUCCUUAGUCAAGAAGAGGACUCAGACGGAGGAGGUCUGGAGGAAAGUAUGCGGAGUGCGAUACCUCGUUCAAGAUAAACCGUCGGGUGUCAUGCUCAGUCAGGGGUUCAUUGACGGACUCAAGUAUCUCGGUAGCAGAGGGCUGACCUUCGACCUUGGGGUAGACGCGCGGCAAGGCGGUCUUUGGCAGCUGAAAGAAGCGGUCGAGAUGAUGAAGAGAAUCUACGAGGGAGUGGAUGAUGGAGGCGCUGCAGUGACACUGGUUAUUAACCAUCUCUGUAAACCGAAUCUUCGCCUGCCCUAUUCUACUCCCGAGUCUAUAACUUCUCACCCAGAAUUCCUCGAAUGGAAGUCUCUGGUCAGCGCCAUGGCCCAUUAUCCUACAACUUACAUGAAACUCUCCGGUGGCUUCUCGGAGUUACCUCCGCUUGUUUCGACUCCUGAUUCAGACAUCGCGUCCCUAGUUGAUAGACUACAACCAUGGACAGACGUCAUUUUCGACGCCUUCGGCCCAGAGCGGGUCAUGUUUGGAUCGGACUGGCCUGUUUGCAAUAUAGGUGGAGGAGGCAAUGAAGUCUCCUGGAGUCGCUGGAAGAGUGUUGUAGAGAAUGUCCUUGACAGACGAGGAUUGACUGAAGAACAGAAAAAAGGAGUCUGGGGAGGGGUUGCAGUGAAAGCAUAUGGUAUCAAGAUCUGA